CCUAUAAGAUAUACAACUCACAUUACGUUAUUGUUUGAUUGACAUGACAUUAAAAUUUAUUGACAUUCACUUCUUGUGUAUGUUGCAAUGAUUGUGUUGGAGUCUUCAAAUUCUAUAUUUAAACAAUGCUGUGAAUAACUAAAGAAUGAAUGUUUAGAAGUAAAGACUAACUAAUCAUGGCCGGUGUUGUACCCAAAAAAUCAGCAUCUGGUCGAAAACAAUGGACAUUGCACGGAUCUUCUAAAAAUUCUCUUAAACGUUUGAGAAGCCAAUUGGCUUCUGACGGUUGUCCAGAGUCCCAAGUAGUUCUUGCCAAACAAUUAUUAGAAGAAGACUGUGAAUUUGAAUCUGAGAAGAAGGAAAAUGCCCGUUUGGGUGUUUAUUGGUUGAUAAAAGCAUCAGAACAAGGAAAUAUCGAGGCGACAAACCUUUUAAAGACAUGUCUGAACACGGGAAAAGGAAUCACAGAGCACAACUACAUGGACGUCAAGUCCUGUAUAACUAUGACACAGGAUGAAAAACUUGCUAGGAAGGCAGCUAGAGAAAUGUUUGCGAGUUUAUCGAACGGCGGUGAGUACAUCACGUCCGAUCAAUUAAAGAAGAAAAUAUUAGCGAUAGACCGUGGAGACACGUGUUCCAAAUCCACGGAAACCAGCGAUAUAGACAACGAAACAUUCACUGGAGCCGAAUUGAUCAACGACGAUGAUGAUUACAGUGAAUCAGAAGAAGAAACAGACUGGUCGCAACGAUCGGACACCAGUAACGAGAAGUUAACGGAAGACCACCUUUUAGCGGCGGCUGUGGAUUACUCUCACGGGCAGUUACCAGGAUUGAAUCAAAUAUUAUGCUUAUCCGAACCAGAUUUGCGUUCUUUAGAUCAUAUUCCUUUCGUCCAUAGAUCAAUAUUACAUCCGUUGUUAGCUCUGAAGAUACUGUAUUACAAAAUAAUCAUGUAUUUAGGACAAAACACUUGGCCAAUAGUCGGUCCUGUAAUUAAAUCAGAUUUUAGUUUCCUAAUUCUGCUGAUUGCGUACGUCUUUUACAGCUCUGAGAACGUUUUAAACAUAUUUCCGAUGCUUCUCUAUUAUAUAACGUUCGUUAUAAUGAUUUGUUCGACGUUUCAAAUGCUGCAAAACCAGCGAGAGUUUGUGGAUUUCCGUUUAUGGUCGGGGCUGUUCAUUUGCUACUCGGGAGGUAGCUUGAAUUCCAAUGAAACCGAAUACCAAUACAUUCGGAACCAUAUGAAGCCUUACGGGCAUUUUUUCCUUAGCUUGUUAGUGAAUUUGUUCGUGUAUUCCUUCAUUUCAGAGCAAUGGAUACCGCAAUCUGAGCUAACAAUAAUUUCUUUCCUGCUCACUUUCAUGACUCUGUUAGGGUUUAUGCCAAAAUCGAGAUCGAAAAACGUAUUAGACAUGUCAGUAUUAUUUAGUUUCGCUGUUAACGUAUUGGCCAAAUACCCAUACGAAACUGAUCCUGUUGUAACGCAAGGUUGGAGGUUUUUGGAGUUGAACAUCCCGACAUUCCCGAGUUACAUAGUCGGGAAUGGUAUCGAAUUCUGUAUCAAUUUCAGAUUCGUGUUGUUCGCUUUGAUUCCCGUCAUAUUUUUGAAGAUAGCGCGUUCCCAGAAUUGGAGAGGGACUUACAAGACGUUGAUUCCGCACUGCGUGACUCUGAGCUGGUUGCAAGUCUGCAUAAUCAGUUCCCAAGGUGCCACGAUGUUCGGGUUCCUUCGCGGUACUUUAGCUCUAGUCGGGGUAGUUUUAUUCCUACCUCUAGUCGGAAUAACCAGCGUUAUUUUACCAGUUGCAGCUUUAACCAAAUGGGUGAUUACCUCGAAUUUUAUAUAUACGAUUUGUAUAUUCAUUAUAUUGAGUACUUUAGGUAUCGGUAUAUGUUACGUUUGCGCUCAAACCAGGUACAAAAAAUACACUGCGAUUAUCCAAAUCGUUCUAAUGGUUUUAGCGUUUUUCAUACUCAUCAAUUCUUCUAAAGAAUACGAUAGUUAUUUAGAGGAUAAAACGCAGCAACCAAUGAGCUGGGAGGUGUACCAAAGAUUCUGCCAUCAACCGGUGUGGCAGGAGGAAAACAUCGCUGUGUCCCAAAUUAAAUGCGCCGGCUUGGAACGGGUUACCAUACAAUGGAACGGUUACAUCAGCGAAAUCAAACUCAGAUCGGUGACUAAUACGUUCAAAACAAUUUUCGAUAAACUCCCGCAAACCGUAUCUCAAUAUUUGUACUGUCUAUACGGAGAAGAGAAUAAACCAGACUGCGAAAAUAUACCAGACAUCGUAAAAGAAAACUGUUUAUCUUUUUACGAGAUUCUAAGCUCGGUCAAUCGUUGUUCUUUACAAAAAUACGACACAUAUACAUUCGAGAUCGUUUUAAAGAUGCAUUCGGGCAUUUGGGGGAAAGCCACUGAAGUUACCUUAAUAGCCGACGGUUAUUUCAAAGAUUUUAUAUUGAAAUUGAAACCGACUGAUCACAUUUGGUUUAAAGGGAAGCUGUUUAAUAACGAAAACGCCGGUUCCGAUGGGAUUUUGGGGGGUUUGAAGCCGCACGUGCAUCUCGAGGAGCUGGGUUGUUCGUCAUGUCAGGAUAGUAAUUUGGGUGAUAUAAAACUACGGGCGGAAUCGGGUAUUAAUUUUUAUAAAGCCUUGGAUUCCGUCAGCGUGGGUGCAAAGUUCGUACUAAAUGUUAUUUUUAGACCGUUUUUAAUUUUUAAAUAGGAGUGAAAUAUGUUGAAUAAAUGUUUAUUGAA